GAGUGGGCCCGUCCCCACGGCCCUCAGGGGGCCCCGAGGAGACCACCGCGAGCUGCCUGACCCGCCGUCCUCGCCCAGGGGCCCCAUGGGCGCGUCCCCGCGGGCGGGCCGCAGACGUGAGGGCGGCGAGCGGCGGGGCCGCGGCGCCGAGGAGGACCGUGCUCGUGCCCGGCCCCGCGCAGGCCGCGCGCGCGCGCUCCCGCCGCACCCGGCGCGGGCGGACAACGCGAGCCAGGAGUACUACACGGCGCUCAUCAACGUGACGGUGCAGGAGCCCGGCCGCGGCGCCCCUCUCACGUUCCGCAUCGACCGCGGGCGCUACGGGCUCGACUCGCCCAAGGCCGAGGUCCGCGGCCAGGUGCUGGCGCCGCUGCCCAUCCACGGAGUUGCUGAUCAUCUGGGCUGUGAUCCUCAAACACGGUUCUUUGUCCCUCCUAAUAUCAAACAGUGGAUUGCCUUGCUGCAGAGGGGAAAUUGCACAUUUAAAGAGAAAAUAUCACGGGCUGCUUUCCACAAUGCAGUGGCCGUGGUCAUCUACAAUAAUAAAUCCAAAGAGGAGCCUGUUACCAUGACUCAUCCAGGCACUGGAGAUAUUAUUGCUGUCAUGAUUACCGAAUUGAGGGGUAAGGAUAUUUUGAGUUAUCUGGAGAAAAACAUCUCUGUACAAAUGACAAUAGCUGUUGGAACACGAAUGCCGCCAAAGAACUUCAGCCGUGGCUCUCUAGUCUUCGUGUCAAUAUCCUUUAUUGUUUUGAUGAUUAUUUCUUCAGCAUGGCUCAUAUUCUACUUCAUUCAGAAGAUCAGGUACACGAAUGCACGCGACAGGAACCAGCGUCGUCUUGGAGAUGCCGCUAAGAAAGCCAUCAGCAAAUUGACAACAAGAACAGUAAAAAAGGGUGACAAGGAAACAGACCCAGACUUUGAUCACUGCGCAGUCUGCAUUGAGAGCUAUAAGCAGAAUGAUGUUGUCCGGAUUCUCCCCUGCAAGCAUGUUUUCCACAAAUCCUGCGUGGAUCCCUGGCUUAGUGAACACUGUACCUGUCCAAUGUGCAAACUUAAUAUUUUGAAGGCCCUGGGAAUUGUGCCAAAUUUGCCAUGUACUGAUAACGUAGCAUUUGAUAUGGAAAGGCUCACCAGAACCCAAGCAGUUAACCGAAGAUCAGCCCUAGGUGACCUCGCCAGUGACAACUCCCUUGGCCUGGAGCCACUUCGAACUUCGGGGAUCUCACCUCUUCCUCAGGAUGGGGAGCUCACUCCUAGAACGGGAGAGAUCAACAUUGCAGUAACAAAAGAAUGGUUUAUUAUUGCCAGUUUUGGCCUCCUCAGUGCUCUCACACUCUGCUACAUGAUCAUCAGAGCCACAGCUAGCUUGAAUGCUAAUGAGGUAGAGUGGUUUUGAAGAAGAAAAAAAAACUGCUUUCUGACUGAUUGCCUUGAAGGAAAAAAGAACCUAUUUUUGUGCAUCAUUUACCAAUCAUGCCACACAAGCGUUUAUUUUUAGUACAUUUUAUUUUUUCAUAAAAUUGCUAAUGCCAAAGCUUUGUAUUAAAAUAAAUAAGUAAUAAAAUAAAAA